AUUUCAAACUGUAAAAUUUGACUCAAGAUGCAGUUGCAGUGGUCAGUGUGUCUCCUACUGUCACUAGUGGUGGGAAUUCAGUGCUACUCCACUGGAGCUCCAGCCAGUGCAUGUAGUGACAUCUACCCAGUGGGGCAUCUAGGAACCUCCCAAGAUCUCUCCACUAACCCCUUCCAAUUGUCCCUCUCUGACUUUGACCAGACUUACGGAGGAGAGAUCUACUAUGUCCCUGGACAGGACUACACCUUGACUCUAUCAGGAUCAGGAGGUGAGCAGUUCAGAGGAUUUCUAGUACAGGCCAGAGCUGUGGCAGAUGGUUUUCCAGUUGGUACCUUCAUUGACGGUGGAGAUGACCAGACACUCAGCUCUUGUGACCCUCCAGAGUCAGCAGUGACCCACACAAACAGCAGUCUCAAGACUUACUUGACACUGAAUUGGACAGCUCCAUUACAAGGAGCUGGAGGGAUCAAUUUUCUGUAAGUGGGAUUUUCCAAAGCUGAAUGUUUAUCAAUGCACUUUUCUCUUAUGCAGUUA